AUGGCAGACUCCCAGCUUGUUAGUCUGGAGGCCUUUCUCCUGGCUCAUCCAAGUAUUAAAUACACAGCACCCUCGUCAUCAGAGUUCUCCGCCGUGUGUAAGGUAUGGAAUAUGGCCCGUCCAGACACCCCGCUUGCCGUUGUCCAUCCCCAGAGCGCAGAGGAUGUGAGUGUUUUGGUGCAAUUCGCCAAGGCCAACGGACUCAAAUUCACCAUCCGCGUCGGCGGCCACAACAUGGAAGGCCGGGCCAUUGUAGAUGGCACCCUCGUAAUCGAUCUUCGGGCGCUUACGGGGGUCAGGAUAGCUGAAGAUCGCCAAUCGGCUACAGUAGAAGGAGGAAUUCUUCAAGGAGAGCUCGGCACAAAAUUGUGGGCCGAAGGACUUGCCACGCCCACGGGGUCAAUACCCGGCGUUGGCUACGUCGGGUGGGCAAUGUAUGGAGGAUAUGGACCCUUCUCGUCACACUGGGGACUGGGGGUUGAUCAGAUUCUUGGUGCAACGAUUGUGAAUCAUGAUGGGGAGAUUAUUGAGGCGGACAAGAAGCUCUUGAAGGGCAUUCGUGGGGCGGGAGGGGUGUUCGGUGUUAUUGUUGAUCUGACUAUCAAGGUGUAUCCACUCAGAAAUGUAAGUGGUCAUAAAUAUCACUUUGGUGAAUCGAUAGGUGCUGAAUCUCAUCUAGUUUCUGGCUGGUGCAAUCCUGUUUGA